GGCGCCGUUGCUAGAGAACAAGAACUUAUUCUAGACCUAGAACACAGGCGCUUGGACUAACGUACAAAACAACUUUUUUUUUCAUCCUGACGGCACACAACACAAAAGAAGCAACACUCUUAUUGCUCGUUCACAAAUUAAACCCCUACCUCGGAAUGUUUUCAUAACCGUCGUAGUCGCCAAGGUAGCACCCCUCAAGAGAACAAACCUUUUGCGCGCCCGCCCGUCCCUUCUUUUUUCUCAUAUCUGCUACAUCGGAUCGACGGAUCCAACGGGUCGCGGGGCGGAAUGCCGCCUGCGCAUGCAAGCCAUGCCUCAAUGCCAGGUAUCUCACAUCAAGACCAACCACCAAAGGAUAUCGACUAUGCCGAGGUGAUCGCGCAACCGCUUGCGCCCCAGAAGCGCAUUGUCGACAAGCAAAGCUUUGAAUAUGCGUGGCGAUCCGGGGUCGCUGGUGGGCUGGCCGGGUGUGCGGCAAAAACGGUCGUCGCCCCCCUCGAUCGCGUCAAGAUCCUCUUCCAGUCGAGCAACCCCCAGUUCGCGAAAUAUUCAGGUUCAUGGGCCGGAGUUGCCGAGUCCUUGAGGGUCAUACAUGGCCAGGAGGGCGCGCAAGGUCUCUUCCGCGGCCACUCGGCCACAUUGAUGCGAGUGUUUCCGUAUGCCGCCAUCAAGUUUCUCGCCUAUGAGCAGAUCCGAUCGGCUAUAAUCCCGGACCACAACCACGAGACCCCGCUCCGCCGACUGGUUAGCGGAUCGCUGGCCGGUAUUACAUCAGUGUUUUUCACAUACCCUCUCGAGGUGGUGCGGGUGCGCUUGGCGUUUGAGACAAAGCGCGAGGGCCGCUCGUCACUCGUCGAAAUAUGCAAAAAGAUAUACCACGAACAACCAGUUGCGCCGAAGCCACUGGCCUCCAACCUGGCUGCAUCCACAGGAGGUCAAGCGGCUGCAUCGACGCAAUCAGUACUGGAAGCGGCGGUGCCGAGAUCUGGAUUGGCCAACUUUUAUAGAGGGUUUUCCCCGACUAUGCUGGGCAUGCUUCCCUACGCAGGCAUGUCGUUCCUGACGCACGACACGUGCGGCGACAUCCUGAGGCGGCCGUUCCUGGCCAAGUGGACUACGUUACCACAACCGGAAAACGCCACGCCGGGCAAGCCGGCGCCGCUCAGGUACUGGGCGGAGCUUCUGUCGGGUGGAAUCGCAGGCCUCGUGUCGCAGUCUGUUUCGUACCCGUUGGAAGUCAUACGACGGCGCAUGCAGGUUGGAGGUGCCGUAGGAGACGGACGUAGGCUGCGCAUCGCCGAGACGGCGGGCUUGAUUAUGAAGGAAAAGGGUGUACGUGGGUUCUUUGUCGGGCUGACGAUUGGCUACGUCAAAGUGGUACCCAUGGCUGCAGUGGCUUUCUACACGUAUGAGCGUUUCAAGCUUUGGUUUGGGAUCUGACAAUAUUAUUUUCCUUGCGUUUUACUCGGUGCAGGUGCAGGAAUAUAUAGAACCUGCUUUCGGAGCGGAUUAUAAGUCGCAUACGGGAGGGACAAUCUGGGCGUUUGUUGGAGGGGUUUUCUGAGAUAUAAAGAUGUAGCGGAUUACAGUUAGGUAAGGUAGACUGGGUGCCUAAUAUAUCGACAGGCUUGAACAAAAUAA